UAUUGUUCAGGGUGAUGUUUUCAUAUACAUCCUAUUUUUCUAACAACUCUCCUUGCUUUGCUAUAAUUCUUUGUUACAUACAGGUAAUCCGAUAUUAGUAUCUUCAGGCCCUUUUCAUCUUAACCGAUCCCCAUUAUGAACUUCAUUCCUGGAUUUCUGCUUUCUUGAUGGAUUUUACAUUCAGUAUAAACUGUCAUGUUUCACCUCAUUCUUACAGUCUUCCUACGUAUCCUGCAAUACUUUUUUCAAAUAAUUACUGAACUUAUUAGCAUACAUCAUAUUUUUUUAUAAUACUCACAUAUACAUUUGCUGGUUACAAGAGCUUGGAUUAUGACUGGCAAUGUAUUUGAAUAUCAAAUGCAAGAGUCCAAAUAAUGGCAUGCAGGUGUGAAUUGGCAAAACAGACUGAGGAAACUCUGAGAUUUGCUAUUUGUAUUUGCUGUGGAUUUAGUUUCAAGACAUGUGAAUGAAUGUGGGCAUCAUUGUAUUAUUUUUUUUCUCAGUUGAGAAAAAGCAUAUUUAUAACAGAUAUUUCUUCUGUAGUAACUUCAUAGUGAUAUACUAACAACAUAGUCACAAAACGGCACAUUCUAGCAUGAUAAUUAUGUUAUUCUUGUCUACACAGGGAAUGAAGAGUGAAACAGACAGAAUCAUAACAAAACAAGAAGAGGAAACAUGUGCUCCAUUAGUUACUGAUGACUUGAGUCUAGGGGUGUACAAAGGCCCCCUGCAGUACAGGGUUUGGAAGGAAAUGCUGUCCAUCCUCAGUCCUGGCUUGUCUCAUCUGACCCUGGACCCUAACACAGCACAUCCUGAUCUCAUCUUAUCUGAGGACCUGACCAGUGUGAGACAUGGUGACAUUAGACAGCAGCUCCCUAACAACCCUGAGAGAUUUGAUAAAUAUCCCUGUGUGCUGGGAUCUGAGGGAUUCACAACAGGGAGGCACUACUGGGAAGUGGGUGUGGGGAACAAGACAGAGUGGGAUGUUGGUGUCACAACAAAGUCCAGCAACAGAAAGGCGUUAAUCGCAUUGAACCCUGUGAAUGGAUACUGGGCUCUGUCCCUGAGGAAUGAGAAUGAGUACGAGGCAUGGGACUCAACAUUCAAGCGUCUAACCCUCACCAUGAAAGCCCACAGGAUCGGGGUGUACCUGGACUAUGAGGGAGGACAGGUGUCAUUAUAUAAUGCUGAUAACAUGUCCCACAUUUACACCUAUACUGACUCCUUCACUGAGGGGCUGUACCCUUACUUUUACAUUUCUCAUGAUGAUGAGCCACUAAAGCUGUUUCACCUGAAAUUGUAAUAAGUACUUGCACACGUUAGGAGUUACUAGUAUAGGAACUGCUACAAAUUUUUACUGCCUUUACAGUAUAUUUUUGGACAUCAUAUACAAAAGAAAAAUAAUUUAUUAUUGUAGAUCUGUUUGAAUAAAAUAAUAUUUACAUUCUAGAAGUUGAGAUAAGAUUGGUGCCCUAUUGUAAGUUUACAAUACUGCAAAUCCCAAAAUUCAGAAACUUUAAAUGUUAAGCACAAAUAAUAUUGAACUGCAGAAGCUGAUGUUACACAUUUAAUGCAUUGUUUAGAGGAGUUGAUCUUCCCUACAUCCAUGAUGUUAGGAGGCUGUGUCCCCACAAUCCCUUAUUUAUAUAUACUAACUUUGAAAUUAAUUUUGCACUUAGUGUAUCUUUUUCCAUACCUGCUCUUAACUCUCUGCAGUUACAGGUAUUACACUUAACAUCCUCAGCCUUACAAUAAGAAACUGAUAAAGUACAGCUGGGGAUAAUUAGACAGUUAGAUCAAGUAGGGUUAUGUAACCACUGCCUACUAAACAGAUGUUAAUAUUGUCACAUCACAAGAGUUUAAACAAUGUUGCUUAACUUGGAAAAUAAUUACAUUAUAACUUGAAGUGAAGCUUUGAAAAUAAAAAGAAUAAGAGUCUUGAUAUAAAUGGAGCUUCUCAUGAGUCAUAUAUUAGAGCGAUAGUAUAACACACACAGGAAGGAAACAAAAAUGUCCCAUUAGUGUAUUUACAGACACAUGCUGCUUGUCAGUUUCUUACAUGUAGUUGGAAAAAUUAAUUUCUGGCAUUCUGUAUUGGCAUCAGCUAAAUGGAGUUUUGGCCAAGAAAGAAAUGUUCUGAAGAUUCUGCACCAUAAUAAAGUGAA